CGCAGCUGUUAUCAGCGUCAGUAUCAAUCGGAGACAGAGAGGGAAUUCUGGUACCGUUAGCGACGAUUAUGCCUUCGCUUCCAGUUUAACCGAACAAACCUAGGAUAUAGAAGUAAAUCGUGGAAAGCAUUCGGCGCAGGGCAGCGCAGGAACGGCAGCAACGGAGGAUACAGCUCAUAUGAUGACCUUAAACAGGGAAUAUAACCGCUGACGGUAAAAACCGCAAAAAAAAAAAAAAAAAAAAACAUCGGACUACUCUUUUUCCAUCUCCACCAUUUUGGUUGUCAGUGAUGGAGCAUAUCCGGACGCCGAAGGUGGAAAAUGUACAUCUCCUGGACCGCUCAUCAGGCCAGAGAAAGGCCAGUGUUGGGACUCUGUACCUUUCUGCCACGCACACCAUUUUUGUAGAGAACAACCCUGAGACACGCAAGGAGACAUGGGUGUUGCACAGCAUGGUGAGCAAUGUGGAGAGACUGCCUAGCACCCCUGCAGGAAGUCAGCUGAUCCUGCGUUGUAAGGACUUCCAGGUCUUCCAGAUCCUCAUCCCUCAGGAGAGAGACUGUUUGGAUGUUCAUUCCUCAUUGGUCCGGUUGUCACGACCCGAGAAGUACAGUGAGCUCUACUGCCUGUCCUUCAAUCCUAAUGUGAACAAAGAGGAGAGAGAAGAGUCAUGGAACUUCAUAGACCUCAUGGCCGACUACAAGAGGAUGGGAGUUCCUAAUAACCUCUGGGUCACUACAGCUGCCAACAGUGAAUACAGGUUCUGUGAUACGUACCCCUCAGAGCUCUUUGUUCCAAAGUCAGCCACACCUGCCAUCAUCGUGGGCAGCUCAAGGUUCAGGAGUCGGGGUAGAUUUCCUGUUCUGUCCUACUUCCACCAGGACACACUGGCAGCAGUGUGCCGGUGUAGUCAGCCAUUGUCCGGCUUUAGUGGACGCUGUCAGGAGGAUGAGAUGAUGCUUCAAGCUGUGAUGAAGUCCAACCCUGGUAGUGACUACAUCUACGUGGUGGAUACCAGGCCCAAGCUGAACGCCAUGGCAAAUCGAGCAGCAGGUAAAGGCUAUGAAAACGAGGACCAUUACACCAACAUCAAGCUGCAAUUCAUUGGCAUUGAAAACAUUCAUGUGAUGAGGAGCAGCCAGCAGAAAAUCAUCGACGUGGGCGAAAUGCGAUCUCCAUCCAUGACUGACUUUCUGUGGGGCCUGGAGAACUCUGGUUGGCUCAAACACAUAAAAGCCAUACUGGAUGCCGGAGUUUUCAUAGCCAGGGUGGUGGCUGAUGAAGGUGUCAGUGUCUUGGUCCACUGUUCAGAUGGCUGGGACAGGACAGCCCAGGCCUGCUCUGUAGCCAGUAUACUGCUGGACCCCUACUACAGAACCAUCAAAGGACUCAUGGUGCUGAUAGAAAGAGACUGGAUUUCCUUUGGACACAAAUUCUCCCACAGGUACGCCCACCUAGAUGGAGAUCCUAAAGAGGUGUCCCCUGUCAUUGAUCAGUUCCUGGAGUGUGUGUGGCAGCUGUCAGAACAGUUCCCAUGCGCCUUUGAGUUCAACGAGCACUUCCUCAUUGCCAUACGCACACACGUCUACUCCUGUCACUAUGGGACAUUCCUGGGCAAUUGCCAGAGGGAACGCAGGGAUAUGAGGCUUCGUGAGCAGAGUCACUCUCUGUGGCCUCAUCUUUGGAAGGACAGAGCCAAGUACGCAAACCCCCUGUAUAAGUCUGAGCUGAGCCAGAGUCAGGGUGUCCUGAGACCCAACACCACCCCGUACUGCUUCAAAAUGUGGAAACGUCUCUAUAACUGCAUGGAGAAAUCAAUGCCUCCUCGCCAGUCUCCUGCUGACUUCCUGUCUGUCGUGAGGGAGGAGUCCCAGCAGCUGGAGGAGGAGCUAACUAAUCACCAGGAGAGGAUUGCAGCCCUGACAGGGAAGCCAAUCACAUGGGAGAAGAUUGAGGUUCCAAGGAAGAGGACUAGCCACAUGCAGCAGAGACACUGUGGGCUGGACCUGCCUUCGACUUACACAGACCCAAUCACCAGCCCUGCACAGGACAAUGGUUAUGCAGUUGCCUCUGAAUCAUCCAAUCAGAACCCCCAGACUAAGGACCCUGCUCUCACCCUGCCAAUAGAGCCACACACACAGCUCAAGAGUCAUGACCCCGAUGACCUCUCCACCUGUAGUGACCUGGAGUCGGGUGUGGCUGACCUCAGCAGCCGCUCAUCCAGCGGCAUGGACUAUGGCAAGGACCCAGACUUGGAGUGAGGAUGCCUGUACUACAGCCUGACUGGGAAAAAAGUGAGCCCUGAACCUACCCGGAGGAAAGUGGAGAAAGACUGUACCAAGUUAAGGAUUUAGGUUACUGACUGACUGAAAGGCUGUUGGAAUUUUUCCUUUCUUUUCUAGCAGACAGCUGUAGUUAGGAUCAUUUCUUCUUCACAGUGAAUUAAGGAGAAACCUCAGUGGCUGUUUAUCAGUUUGUCUUUUUGACAAAGACAUAGAAAGACAACAUUCCUGUGUUUUAAUUUGACAUUGUUUAAAUUUCUUCUUUUUUUGCACAAGGCCAGAUAUGCUGCUUUUUUUUAUACUUGAAUGUUGUCUUUAGGUGGGCUCAACUAAUGACAUUUGUAUUUUUAAGGGAUGCACUAUAACAGCUGUGAGAUGGACAGAUGUUAAAUGAAACCAACCUGAAAUAAUGUGACACGGGCUUCAUGAAGGGAGAAUCUGAUGAAGCACUUACAUUUUCAGAGUAGAACAACCAUACUCAUUGGACAAAGCUUCACUUGUGUCCGUAUUGAUCUUAUCCUUCGCUUUACCUCUUCAGCCAAAUCUUAUUUCAUUGAAAAAUGAUCUUAUUUGUUAAUGUAGUGGAAAGCAGAUUGUUUUUAGAGAGAUAUCCAUGGUCAUUAGUUCUGGGUCAGACUAGCGGAGGAACAGAAAAGCUAGAGAGCUGCUGUUAGGGGAACAAAUCUGAUUAUUUUGCAGCCUAAACACUGGAAACCUGGCUUGGACUUCCAUGAAGCCUUGUCUUGCAAUCAAUUCUUGAUUUCUUCCUUUGUAACUUAUCCUGCACUUCUUCAAAACCAUAUCACUCCAUAAAACAAAAGCCUGCCACUAAGGGUCAGUGUCUAGGUUUUGAGAGGUAGAAUAAAAUAUAUUAACUUAGUUCAAAUUAAAAAGAAAUCAGCAUAAAAUUACAAAAUGUGGAUUCCCCAAAGGCACUUUUAAAAAAGACAAAAUUAUUCCCUCAGCUAUGAUGGAGAUAAAGGAAAAGUAUAACAGGAAGGGAAUAUGUCACAGAUUUACAGUCUGAAUUGAGAUCAGAUAAAUGACAAUUCCUCCUUUUUUAUCUGUUACCUUUUUAUCAGGAAUUAACCACAAUUAACCAGAACAAUGUGAGCAAAAUAUUAAUGUUUAUAGCAAAGGCUGGAAUACAGUAUUUUCUUUUGUUUUUCUGUGCAAUAUAUUAUGUUAAAGUCUUCAUCUUCAUCCGCUUAUCCGGGGCCGGGUCCUAAGCAGGGACAGCCAGACUUCCCUCUCUCUGGACACUUUUUCUAGCUCUUCCGGGGGAACCCUGAGGCGUUCCCAGGCCAGCCGAGAGACAUAGUCCCUCCAGUGUGUCCUAGGUCUUCCCCGGGGCGUCCAGAGGGCAUCCUAAAUAGAUGCCCGGGCCAUCUCUGCUGGCUCCUCUCUAUGUGGAGGAGCAGUGUUAAAGUCAUUUCUUAUAUUGUUUUGGUUUCAGUGUACUUUAUAACAUUCUACAAGGACCUGGUAUCCACAUUAAUGUAAUAAUAUUUAUCGUCACACUGACUGAAUCCUUCAGAUGGGAAUGUAAAUUAUGAAAUCUUUUUAAGCUUAUGAGAUAACUGAUAUUUCAAAUGUUAUGUGGACUAUCUUUGACUUCUGUGUUACUUUAAGAGCUCAAAAUCUAUAGCUCAUGUCUUUCAGGGGAUUUGUAACUUUUUACAUUUCCACAGAUGAAUUACCAACAAGCAGAACUCUGGGAAAAUACACAAAGCAAUUAAAAACAUCUCAGUUUGUUUUAUGGCCUCUACACUGUCCAGAGGGAUUUCUGUAAGUGCAUUCCAUAUUUCAACAAGCAUAUACACUGUUUGACUGUGUGAUAUCUAAGAGUGGACCUAUUGGAGUACGCUGUUAUGUUACUGUACUUAAAUCUGACAAAACCUACCACGACUCCAGGUGAACAUGACUGGCUCCCUGUAAUCUGGUAUUGUAGGUGAAUAGGUGGUAAAGAAAGCACUGAUUAUAUUUCAGACACAUGCUAACUGAGUAGUUCUUCCUAAAGCUAAUCGCUGCUGAACAGUGAGGACCACCUGUGGGACUGAAGAAAGAAGUUGACAAAUUAUUUUAGCACAGAUAUUACUAUGUAGUCUACUUUGUAACUGUGGAUUAUUUUAAGAACAAUGUCUUGGAAAUCAUGUAUACACUGGACAUUUGUACAACCAAAUCAGGAAAAAAGAUAAAGAAUUAGUCCUGUUUCUGCUGUUAGAACAUUCAAAAAUGUUUCUGUAUUCAGAUCUGUGGAGCAGUGUAGUUUAUACAGCUACACUAAGCAGGAAAAACUGAAUUUUCAUUGGCUCUGGCAGGUGUUCAGAUAUGCAGAUAUAAUUAUGUAAAAAAGGUUCAACUUGUGCGUGAAGAGAAAUGAACACCAUUUGACAGCACUGACUGAAUCUAAUGAGCUGGAAGUGUGUAGAUCUCCCCCCUCUUGUACAUUUCACUGUAGCCUGUGGUGUGUAUGUACAUGUGUCUGUUCUGUAUUCACUGGUGAAAAAUAUCUAUCAAUAAAUGAACUGUUAAAGGGUCUGAA